UCAACCGAGGCAGACUUGUUUGUAUACAACAGAUUGGCAGUUUUCGAAUCAGUACAAAUUGUGAGCAAUUUUUAUUUAAAUAUUUAUUUGUUUUAAUAUUAUUUUGAUAUUCUGAUUUAAAGUGAGUUUUAACUUUCAUAACGAGAUUAAAAAAUCAUCAAAAUCAUGUCGGGACCUAUGGUUUUAUGUCAACUAUGGAUGGGGGGUUUGGAACCUUAUAUGACUGAAAGUUUUAUUAUGAAUGCUUUCCACAAAAUGGGAGAACAACCACAGACAGUGAAGGUUAUGAGGAACCGGUAUACUGGUGAGCCUGCUGGAUAUUGUUUUGUUCAUUUUCCAACAGAUGAAAUGGCCUUAGAUGCAAUGCAUAAAUUAAACGGAAAAGUAAUUCCUGGAUCUAAUCCAGCUGUCAGAUUUCGACUGAAUCACGCAAGUACUACAGGUAAACCGACAGCAGAUCGUGAAUUCAGUAUCUGGGUUGGUGCUUUAUCUACAGAUGUUGAUGAUUACUCAUUAUACAGAGCAUUUGCUGCCAAAUAUAAUUCUAUUAGAACUGCCAAAGUCAUUUUAGAUAGUUCAGGAUUUAGUAAAGGAUAUGGUUUCGUACGAUUUGCUAAUGAAGAAGAACAAAAAAAUAGUUUAGUGGCUAUGAAUGGAUAUAAGGGAUUAGGAACAAAAUCUUUAAAAAUUUGUAAUGCAGUUCCAAGACCCUGGAAUAAAGUCCCUGGAUCCACUCCACCACAAGUGUCAUCAUCAGAUUAUUCGUCAGCUAACUCGAGUACUGAGACUUAUAACUAUUAUGAUACUUCUUCGUACUGGAAUAGUUACAGUGCAUGGCAACAAGGAUACUCUGAGAGUGAACCAACUUCUGAUGUCUACAGUACUUAUCAAUCGGAGCACAAACCUGAAGAAGACGACCUUGAACUUAUUGAACAUUCUAUCCCUAUCGACAUUGAUAAGCAUAACAGAGAAAUGAUUGAACAAGAUUACAAUUUGUGGGAUGCUUUAGAGAGUUCAAAGUGGAUUCCCUGCGACACUCUUGAACUAUGUUACUGAGUUCAUAUGUUAAUUUACUCGGUUAAACAACAUAAAGGAUGAAUUUUAAUAAUCUCUCAACUCAUAAUUGUAAUAUUAAAUAAUGUAUUUUGCAUUUUUUAAUAUAAUUAUUUCUUGUGAAUAAAGUUACACAAAAUUGUAAUAUUUUAGGUAUAAUAA